AUGCAAAGUGUCGCAACUUUCGUUGCUGCGACGAGAUGCUUAAUAUUUGCGCAGGAAGAGGCCACCAUAAGAAUUACAGAUGCAUCAUUUUGCUACGGUUAUGAAUAUCUCGGCAAUGGGCCUCGUCUCGUAGUCACCCCUCUGACUGACAGGAUCUACGUGACUGCAACCCAGGCACUGCACCUCUGCAUGGGAUGCGCGCCAGCUGGUCCAGCAGGAACCGGGAAAACAGAAACAACCAAAGACCUUGCUUCUGCUCUUGGCAAGGCAUGCUAUGUCUUUAAUUGCUCUGACCAAAUGGAUUACCAAUCCAUGGCGAACAUUUUCAAGGGUCUGGCGGCUUCUGGUUCCUGGGGAUGUUUUGACGAAUUUAACCGUCUUGUGCCCGCUGUACUCAGUGUGUGCUCCGUCCAGUUUAAGUCAGUUGUCGAUGCUAUCAAAGCGCAUGCGAAGACGUUUUUUAUCCAAGGAGAUGAAACAGCCCUCGAUCGCACAUGCGGAGUGUUUAUUACUGUGAGCGAGCGAAAAAGCUUGCCUCCAAAACUAUCCAACCAACGUUCUUCUGAAUACAGCGUAAAGCUACAGGCCACGUGUUCCAUAUGUCAGAAACAUAGUGGGCUUGAACUUGGGUUGGUGUGGCCCCCGCAGAUGAACCCUGGAUAUUUAGGUCGCUCUGAGCUCCCUGAGGGGCUGAAGUCAUUGUUUAGGCCCAUAACAGUCAUUGUCCCGGACUUGGAGCUAAUAUGUGAAAACAUGCUAAUGGCUGAAGGCUUUGUUGAAGCAAAGGAGCUCGCGAGGAAGUUUACCCGACUCUACGCCUUGUGCAAGGAUUUGCUAUCGAGAGCUCCGCACUAUGAUUGGGGGCUGCGAGCGAUCAAGUCUGUAUUGGUUGUGGCUGGUACUUUCAAGAGACAGUGGCCUGACCUAUCUGAGCAGGCAAUUCUCAUGAAGGCGCUGAGGGACUCUAACCUGGCUAAAAUUGUUGCUGAUGACGCAACAGUCUUCCAAGGUAUACUGUAA